GUUCAUUGGCUGGCCUACUUCUGGUCAGAUAUAAAACUAAUUUCAAUCAGCAGCUGGAGACACUUAACCAGCCCUCGCCCCAACAUGAAGUUGAUCAUCCUGAUCGUUUUUUUGGCUCUUCUUGGUCUAGCGAAAUCACAGAACUGUAACAAUGAUUGCUCGAGUAUCGGAAUUAAUUACCUUUGCGGGAAAACUGUGAGGAAUGGCAGGGAAAUUCGCUGCACCUUCAGGAAUCCUUGCGAAAUGCAUUUGCAUGCCUGCCAAAAACGGGAGGAGUGGAGAAAAGAUACAACAGGUCGGUGCACACGCGACUCGGAGGAAUGCAGACGGUAGGG